AUGACCGGUGCGAUGGCCAUGCCAAAGCGCACAGAGCUGCGUGUCAGUCGUCUGACACUAGUCGACUACAUCACGUCGUGGGCACAGAUCGAAGACAAGGAUAUGCUGGCACGUGUCGUCAAAGAAUUUGCCAACGAGAUUGAAAAGGAAAAGUUGGUACAGGGAGACAUUGUCAUUGCCAAGGUGCCCAAGAACUGGAACCCCAUGCGGACCGACUCGAUCAUCGACCCCAACCACCACGAGUUUGACGAAGGCACCUUUUUGUUUGGACGGUAUUGUCGCGAGGCCGAUGUCCUCGGCAUCAACUGCUACGUCUAUCUCAUGCCCGAUGAAACCAACGCUGUCUGUGUGCCGCACAGCCGUGUCGUGUCACUCGCCACCAUUGGCAUCAGUCUGCCCGACCGAUCCAAGCUCGAGCGUAUGGUCACCAACCCAUUCGACGCAUUCUCAACCGAGUUGCGUCAAGCCGUCAAAGACACCACCCGUGACAAGCUCAGCGACCUCGGGCUCGACCCCGAUAUUAUCAACCAAAGUCUCAACUUUAAUGGCGUGCGUUGUAUCGGUCUCGACGAACUCACCACACUCAAAGCACAGUUGUGUGCAUUUGACGGAAAGGAACCAUUCCUCAAAGAGAUUGAUCGUGUCUCUUCGUACUUUUCACAAUUCUUUGCCAACUAUCUCAAAAAGGUGUUUUUAAACGAGUCUCGUGGCAAUCAUCAACUCUAUUUUACUAGAGAUCAAUCAUUUAAAGAUUAUACUCUAUCAUCAACUAUUAUUGAAUAUAAUAAUCUAUUUGGAGGUGGAAACAACAACAACAACAAAGAAAUCAAUGCUACCACUACAGAAGAAGAAUUUAUUAAACAAAAUAACGCUAUCAAAAUUCAACUUCAACAACAACAACAAACAUCAACAACAACAGAAGGUGAAUGUUUGGACAAUAACAAUAAUAAUAAUAGAAAAGAAGAUAAUAGUUGUACAACAAAAUAUUUUUCGAUGAUAAAGAAACAGUAUACGAAAUUUAAACCAUUCUUGCCAACUAUUAGAUCAUUGGUAUCUGAUUUGGAGAAUGGUAGAAUUAUGUGUCUUCGUGCCAAAGAUAGUUUACAAGGACUGAUUAGUGAAUGUGACUUGGCCAUAGAUACUGUCAACACUGAUAACCUACGAUUGUUGGAUGGAAGUAAAAAAAAGGAACUUACUACUUGGUGGCUUCAAAUCAUUGGUGGAUCUGUCAGCUCUUAUCUAACCGAUCGUGGUUUUGAUCCGUCUGCAGUACCCGACAACUAUAUCGAUGAACGUCCAGCAAGUCUUUCAAUGGUCAAAGAAAACUUGCGUAUAGUCAACCUUGUCCUUAAACCAUCCACUCAAUACGAUAUUGAACAUCGUUUAAAUUAUCUUACCCUACCUCUAAAGGUUAAAAUUUAUCAUCGUAUUGAUCAAUUUUUAUUAUCUGCUGAAAUCUUAUUAUUUGAUAGAUUAAAAAGAAAUAAGAAAUUAUUAGAAGAAUUAAUUAUAAAUGGUAGUAAUGAACAACAAAAAGAACAAGGAAAGGUACCACAACCUGUCAAAGUUGCCGAUAUUGAUAGUAUUAGUCGAGAGGAAUUGGAAGAUUAUUUUGAUUUGAAAAAACUAUUGACAUUGAGUAAGAGCAGGAUGCAAUCAGACUCUACGUUGGCACCAGAAUUACAAAUAGUUAGUAUUUGGUAUAACCUGAUAGAGGAUAUAAUGUAUAUUAGAGAGAUGAAGAAUCUCGAAGAACACUUUUACAGCAAUGACAUCCUCCUCGAGGUCUCUCAUCCCAUCACCAACGAAAAGUUUACACUUUCCAAUAUUGUUCCUAUUACCGGUCUAGUCUUUAGUAGACUAUUACGUAUCAAACAUGAACUUCGUACAGUCCUAGAAGUACACGGCGAGAAACAAAUAUCAACUAGGUCACUUUUCCCAAACGUAGUUCAUCAUGGUGUUAUCAUUGGUAAAAAAGAUGACAAAGAUCGUGAAAAAGAAAAGGACCGAGACAAAGAUAAAGACAGAGAUUAA